AACUUUUACAAAAUAAACAUUCAUCUUUUCAUUAUGAAUGGCUUAGAUGGUGGGUUGAGACAAGUGUGUAAUGUUGUGUGUUCUCUUAACAUCACUGGUAUUCUUUUCCACGACUUUGUGCUAAGGAAAUUUGAAGUUUGGAGCCCUUGCUGAAUUAGCUGAGCUCUUAGUCUUAAAUGUUAGCUGAACUUUGAGCUUAUGUGAUUCUAUAUGUACACGGCUUGUGGUUGUAAGUUGAAGGGUGGAGUACCCGUUGUACUCCUAGUAAUGUUGAUUUAUGUAAAAAAGGUAUGUAAUGUUUGUGAUUCUGCUCUGCGGUAACUAGGGAUGGUCUGGAACUUUUGUAUUUUUGAUUGCUUGCGCACUUGUUUAUUAAUGAAAUUGUUUGCCAACUUGUUACUUAAUUUAAUUAAUGAAAUUGUUCGCUGAUAGAAUAUAUCUGCUUUCCUUUCAGUUCUAUUCAUUCAUUCUUAUGAAACUGGUAACAUGAAUGGAUGACAAUAUUUUUUUGUGAAAUGUUUCAGCAAGGAAAACGCCAUUGAACAAUACUCUAUACAAAAGAAAUUCCAACUUGCAUGCCUGAAAUGGAACAACACAUGCAGGUGAAAGGAUUUCUAAAGUUUGAAAUUUGGAUGUCAUACCGGAAGCUGUUGGGUCAAAGAUUGGGCUCAUGUUCUUUUGAGGAACUUCAAGAGAUUGGUAGCUAGCUAGAACAAAGCUUGAAAAACAUCAGGGCAAGAAAGGUUUGCAACCUUGAGAUUUUUGCCCUUAGGGUAAAAGUAGUUACAUUAAUGAAUCAACACAUGAUUACAAGACUUCUGCUUUUGAAGCAAAAUAAGCAUUUGUGUUACUAUCAAAAGAGCUUUUUGGGCAUAUUUAUAGAGUAUUUGCACCAUCAUUGGACCCUUAUAGACAUACGACAGCCACAUUUCCUCAUACUCGCCUCCUCGUUGGGUUAUUCUCAUAGAUAGAGCUGCAAGCCACAUUACUUUAAC